AUGUCCGACUGGGAGGACGAGUACGACGGGGAUGGCGUUGCUAUCCAAAAACCUGCUGCCAAAUCAGCCCCGAUUGAGAGGAAAAUGUCCCUCGAUUACCGUCAAGGACAAAAUGUACAUUUCGGUGUGAGAAGGUGUGGCCGGUUUGGAAGUGAAGGCGCAGCUAAUGUUAGCGGCGAGGGUUCCCAGUCCAAAUGGUGGAGAGAUGGAGGCAACCGCGGAGGUUUCGCACAAAGACGGACUUUCGACAACUUAAAGUCGGACUCUUCCCGGCCUGUGACGUUCACGGUGGAAAAUGCUGUAGUUGGGAGGAUAAUAGGUCGAGGAGGAGCCAAAAUCCGUGAACUUGAGGAGAGCUCCGGGGCAAAGAUAAAGAUUAAUAAGGGCGACUAUGAAGGUGAGGUGGCCAUCUUUGGACAGUCUGCUGCCCAGCAGAAAGCCAAGGAGAUGAUUGAAGACCUGGUGGCCGAUGGAGGCUCUCGAUUUUCCUAUGGUAUGAAACACUAUGACGGAGGAAGUGAUGGAGUAAGGAAUAGCUCUGUCUGGUCUUCCGCAGAGUUAGAAGCUGCAAAGGUUGUCUCAGCACCGCCACCCAUAGACUGGAACACCAUCCGGGAGAACAAGGACAAGUAUGAGGAGCUCAAGUGGAAGGAUCUCCCACCCUUGAAGAAGAAGUUUUACAUUGAGGCGGAGAGCGUGUCCAUGCUAUCAGCCGAGGAAGUCAGUGAAUGGAGGAAGGAGAAUAACAACAUCUUCGUGGAUGACCUGAAGGAGGAAGGGCAGAAGCGGCACAUUCCUAAUCCCUGUCGUAGCUUUUUGGAGGCCUUCGAGCUUUAUCCAGAGAUCAUGGAGAACAUUGACCGGGUCGGCUUUGUUAAACCAACCCCCAUCCAGUCUCAGGCGUGGCCAGUGCUGCUGAGUGGGGAGGACCUGAUAGCCAUUGCUCAGACGGGGACGGGGAAAACGCUGGCCUACCUGCUGCCAGGGUUCAUUCACAUGGAUGGACAGCCAGUACCCAGAGAUGAACGUGGAGGUCCGGGAAUGUUGGUGCUGACUCCUACCAGAGAGCUGGCCCUGCAGAUUGAAACGGAGUGCAACAAGUACCGCUAUAAGGGUUACAAAAGUAUCUGCAUCUACGGUGGAGGAGAUAGAAGAGGUCAGAUCAAGCUGGUGAAAGGUGGAGUAGACAUCGUGAUUGCAACGCCGGGCCGACUAAAUGAUCUACAGAUGAAUGAGCUCAUCAACCUUCGCUCCAUCACCUACUUGGUGCUGGAUGAGGCUGACCGUAUGCUGGAUAUGGGCUUCGAACCUCAGAUUAUGAAGAUUCUUCUGGACAUCCGACCAGACCGACAGACCGUCAUGACCAGUGCCACCUGGCCCACUGGAGUGAGACGUUUGGCCAAAUCCUACCUGAAGAACCCCAUGAUGGUCUAUGUGGGCACCCUGGACCUGGCAGCGGUCAGCACGGUGCAGCAAACGGUUCUGAUCGUUCACGAAGAGGAGAAGAAGUCUUACGUGUUCGACUUCAUCAGAAACAUGCUGCCCCUGGAUAAAGUCCUCAUCUUUGUUGGCAAGAAGCUCAUGGCUGAUGACCUCUCCAGUGACAUGUGUCUGCAGGGUCUGGCUGUGCAGAGUCUCCAUGGCGACCGUGAACAGUGCGACCGUGAAGAGGCCCUCAAGGACUUUAAAGAGAGUCGAGUUCGGAUCCUGGUCGCCACAGAUUUGGCGUCUCGAGGUUUGGACGUCCACGACAUAACGCACGUCUUCAACUUUGACUUCCCACGCAACAUAGAGGAGUACGUCCAUCGCGUGGGCCGCACCGGCCGAGCAGGACGUUCAGGUGCUGCUCUUACCCUGGUAACAAGAGAUGACUGGAGGAAUGCCCCUGAACUGAUUCCCAUCCUGGAGCGAGCAGGACAGGAGGUCCCCGAGGAACUGAUUCUAAUGGCAGAGAGAUACGAGAAGCACAAGAGGGAGAAAGACCUGUGCAAUCCAAAGGGAGGACACGAGCGAGGAGGAGGAAGACAAGGAGGUGGAGGUGGAGGAGGAAGACGAGGAGCUGGAGGAGGAGGAUGGGGGAGAAGAGAUGGCGGAGGGAGAGGCGGCAGGGAUUGUGGCCAACACUGGGGAUUCUAACGGUGAAGCAUGAUCUGAAACUGCACAUUUUUGUCAUUUGCUUUGAGUUAUUUGUGUUUUGUUUAAUUGAUAAAUUUGUUUGUUUUCAUUCAUUUCUUUAUGAUUUGGUGGCAGUUGGAUCUCAUCGUGUUCUCUUAUUUCAAGCAUGUUUAAAAUGCACACUUCUGACUUUUCUUUGUCUGAAACUCACCAUUCCUUGUUGUGUAACUCACUCAGAAUAUUUUGUUGUGUAAUUUGUUGAUUUGGGCAGAAAGAGGCCUGUCCAAUAAAUUCUCAUUUUAGAGACUUGUC